AAAGCUUUCUGCUGCACGAUUCUCUGCACAAUAAGUUGAAGAACCAGCAAAAACGAGGAGGUGUUUAAGCAAUGUCCUAAAUCAUACUGCUUCCAUGUUGAAUAUGAUUCUUAGCACCCAGCAUUUUGUGCCUUGGUAAUUCCCAAUGAGGCACUUAUUGCUGCAGCAAUGGCUCCGCCUCCUCAACUUCGCGGCUCAGCUUGUGCAGAGAGCUCAGCAGUCUAGACAACACUUGACGUGCGAUAGAUCUAGAUCUUUUAGCUCGCGGUUUCUUCAUUAUCGUAGGCGGCUGACCUGCCUGGUGCUUACCCUGACGUUCAUCUGGGCAGCCACAGCUCUAUGUAGUUAUGUCAGGAGGAUUGAUACCUUGCUUAGCGUCAGUAGAUGGGAAAGGGCGGUCAUUGCAUUUGACCACGCGAGCAAGCCAGUUGGAUGCAUCGCAUGGCGAGGAACGCAGCAGUGCUCUCCAUAUGGCCUGCGGAUGCCAGCAGCGGAUACAGACUGCAGAUCAAAUGUCCAAUUCACGUCGGGCUACUGUGAAUGCGACAACUCCGCUGUGGUUGCCUUGGUCGGCUGCGGCAUGCACUCCUUCACGUGCUUUGACCGCUGCCGGGAGCUAGGGGCCCACGGGCUGCACUUCCCCAAGCUCAUGCAGUGCAGCAGCCAGCAGCCGCAGCGCAGCCUGGGAGCCCUCCCGCUCGCCAACGCAACCAACAGCACCACCUUCUCCUCCUCAUCCGCCCCCGCCGGCCCGGUGCCAGCGGGGCCGCAGCCCCCGUCCGGGCAGCAGUCAUCGCAGCUGCUGGUGCUCAACAGCACCACCAAACGCAGCCUCACAGGGACAGACUCCGCCACCACAGCAGCAGCAACAGCAACAGCAACCUCCGCACCCGCACCUCCCACCAGCCGGGACCCCAGCGCCGCCUCUCUGGACGCCUCCCUGGAGCUCUGGGAGGCCCUGCUGGCACCCGUGCGCGCACACGACCCCAAGCCCGCACAGCUGCUGCCCAAACGCACGGAAGACGACGACUGGUUGCGAGAGGGCGGCCGCAUGCCCCCCGGCCUCGCGGACUCGCUCCGCAGCUCCCUGGCAGCGUACAGCGAGCAGCUGGGGCAGCAGGAUGUGCCCGGGGCCACCCUGCCGCCCGCUUCGCAGCGCGGUCGGGGCAUUGUAAUGGUGUCCGGCGGACUGCGGUACAUGGUAUCCGCCUGGAUCAGCAUCGCCAUGUUGCGGCGGGCAGGGAGCACGCUCCCGGUGGAGAUGUGGUUUCCCAUUCUCGAGUACCCCACGUCUGCGGUGGUGGAGGCGUUGCGGCGGCGUGGUGUCAGCUGCCGCGCCUUCACGGUCCCUGACCUGGACCAAGCGGGGUACAGCCUCAAGGUGGCAGCCAUCAUGCUCAGCAGCUUCUCAGAGCUGCUGUUCCUGGAUGCGGACAACUUCCCGCUGCGCGACCCGGCUCCGCUGUUCGAUUCGGCCGAGUAUCAGCGAACGGGAGCCACCUUUUGGCGGGACUACUGGGGCCCCACCGCGGUUCCGGAGCUGGCCCACAUCCUGGGGGUGCACAGACGGGACCUGCCGGACAGCAGCUUCGAGGCGGGGCAGAUGCUGAUCGACAAGCGGAAGCACUGGCGCGGGCUGCGAGUCGCGCUUUACUUCAACUACUACCACAACGUGUGGUACAACCUGUUUACGGACUACAUGGGCUGGGGCGACAAGGAGACCUUCUACUACGCGUUCCUAGCAGCGCGGGAGCCCACCUACUACGUUCCCGUGCCCACUGGGUCGGUGGGCAUGAUGCGGCCGUUCUGCCGGAAGUUCAAAAGCCGACAGCUGUGUCGCGAGGUGUUCACCGGCAACAGCAUGCUGCAGUUUGACGGCUCGGGCGCGCCGCUGUUCCUGCACGCCAACCUGGAGAAGUGGUCGCUGCAGCUGCCCGACUCCUUCCCGGACUACACGCGGCGGUGGCUGGUAAUGCAGCCGGGGGGGGCGGCCUUCCCCGAGUGGAGCGUGCGGGAGAUGGGUUUGGACCUGGAGCUGUUUGCGUACGAGCAGGCUCGCGACUUUCGUUGCGGCCCCUUCUUCAGCGAGUACUACGAUGUACGGCUGCGGCAUGGCGAUGCCCCCAUCAAACCGCUGGACGGCCUCCACACCCUCAUGCCGGGUAUCGAGUUCCACCAGCUGUACCGACUGGGGCAUCGGGGCACCUACACCAACCUCUUUGAGCGAUCGCUGCUCGAUAACUUCUUGUUCGCGUUAGGGCUGCUCAGCCGUACGGUGUUGGUGCACGUGAAGCGAGCGUUACGGCGGGUGUGGGGUGGCCCACGGGUCGUUCGGUUGUUGUUCCAAUUGGAGAGGCGGUUGAGAAACACGUUGUUGUCGUACUCCAUGUGAGAGGAAUGACGGUGUGGAAGAAGGAGGAGGCCUUGAGGCCGGGGGCUUGUAGGGGGGCUGUAUGAGGGUAAUUCGCAUCUAAAAGCAGAUAAAUGAAGUACGGCUAUGUUAUUACGAUGUAGGUGCGUGUGUGGGUGAUGGGUUUGGGAGGCCGGCAAUGCCACGUAGAAACAACAGACACGGUGGGAGCAGAGGCCGCAUUCCGGAGGGCCCAUGCAUUGAUUUAACCAAGAACGCAUGAUUUUGUUUGACGGCUUUGACGACUCCCUCUUCGACUCCCACCGGCGGCAGGAUGCAUCUAUAGCUGUGUGCCCUUGUGCAUGAACAUGGACAUUGACGUCUUGGCCUGUCUUAGCGAGUGUCUCAUGGCUUAUUGGAGCCACACCCGUGAACUCCUGGCCCCUCCUGUGCUGGGUUGCUGCUGCAAAGGGGACGCGAUGACGGCGGUAUGUACUUCACACCUGCCCGCCUAGGCGUGCUGUGACAUCUGAUCCCGGGGGGUGCCGUACGUCCUGCGUGAAGCAGCUGUGCUGCUGCAAGGUGCCCGGGAGCCAGCGGCAACACGCGCGCGUGUCUGCAGCAGAAUUGCCCGCACGCGGCCUGCGUGGUGUGUGCGCGGGGGCAUGUGGAGUGGUGCAACGUUUGGCAUUCCAUUCAACUUUUGGUUUCUAACCCUAACCAAUCGGGCAGUUGCUGCUGCUGCUGGUGCAUUGCCAGCUGCCCUUUCAGGGGGCUGGUGCCGGCUGCUGCUGCUCCCACCGCCGCUGCUGCUGCUGCCCGAUGAUGUGAGGUGGCAUGCUGGGUGGCUCAACUUGACGCGCUUUGCGUACCGUAUGCGUAUGAUGUUGACCUGAUGAGAGAGAUAUGUCUGGUGAGGGGUGCUGCAUGGGGGGUUAUCGCGCGCGUGGUGAUGCUUGCGGUUAUGCAAAGCUACUGUGUGCGCACGUAGCCGACUGGUGGGCCCAGGUAGGAAGAGACCACGACAAGGUACCAAGAAGGAAUGAUGAAGCGCUAGAGCUGCGGGUUGGGUGCGACCCACCCAAACAGGAGGAGCCGCAGGGCCGAUGAUGCGGAAGAACCACGACCGAUAUGGGCACGCAGGGGUGCGCAUGGAGGGAGCUCGGAGAGGAAGGGCCUCAUGUGCUCAUGCUGGCCAUGCGUCGGUUCCUUGCGGUGUGAGGUGCUGUUGGUACGCUAGGAGGCCCUGCCUUUCAAGUACACAAUUGCAACAUCGCAUAAUCGAGGCUCCGCCGAUUGAAACGCGCCCCUUCCGCUCGGUUGAUGGCGCAUGUCGGGGGACGCUUUGCACCAAGGGCGCAUGUGUUAGGGCCGAAGGUAUAGGAGGUAUGUGGUACAUAUGUGCAUGGUCGGGGGCCUACCUAGCGUGGCCUUUUUCGUGAGCGGAUGGGGGAGACUAACGAUACGCAGCGGCAGGACGACACUUCUCAACGUAUGCAUGCGAGCAUGUGUCCCAACUGAUCAGAGCGCUUGCUAAAAGCCUUUGCUGUCGCAGCUAGGAGUAUGGUAUGCACCUUGCAUGGCGUACGACGUCAGGGUUCCACGUUGGAUGCUGGGUGUGCCGGGGGUGGCGUACUUGCCCUUCCGCUCGGGCGGACGUGGUGGAGGUGGUGUCGCUGCCCAGGCACGAGGAUCCACUGGUCUUUCGGGGGCGUGAGUGAGUGAGUCGUUACAAGCUCUACGGCUCGUAAGACGAGCCAGGAGGCUCAUGGACCCCGCAAACAACAAAC